AUGUAUUGUUUGCAAUGGCUGAUUCCUGUGCUACUGAUUCCGAAGCCCGUCAACCCGGCACUCGUGAACACUCAUGUUAUGUUCAUGGUGCUAUAUUUAAUAGGAUUUUUCCUAGAAAGAAAACCGUGUACAGUGUGCAGUGUCGUUUUCCUUGCCGCCGUUAUACUUAUAUGUUACAGCGGGAUCGGCAAUUGUUUGUUCUGGGCGAGUCAGUGUGAAGGCGAAAAAUACGACACUUAG